AUGCUCUUUUCUCCACAUUUCUUUAUCAGUUCUAAACCUCUCUCUCUCCCCCCUCUCUCUCUCUAUCUAUCUAUCAUCUGUUCGUAUCUAUCUAUCUAUCUAUCUAUCUAUCUAUCUAUCUAUCUAUCUAUCUAUCUAUCGUCUGUUCAUAUCUAUCUAUUUAUCGUCUGUUCAUAUCUAUCUAUCUAUCUAUCUAUCUAUCUAUCUAUCUAUCUAUCUAUCUAUCUAUCUAUCUCUCUAUCUAUCUAUCUCUGUCCAUCUAUCUAUCUAUCGUCUGUUCAUCUAUCUAUCUAUCUAUCGUCUAUCUAUCUAUCUAUCUAUCGUCUGUUCAUAUCUAUCUAUCUAUCUAUCAUCUGUUCAUAUCUAUCUAUCUAUUUAUCGUCUGUUCAUAUCUAUCUAUUUAUCGUCUGUCUAUCUAUCUAUCUAUCUAUCAUCUGUUCAUAUCUAUCUAUCUAUUUAUCGUCUGUUCAUAUCUAUCUAUCUAUCGUCUAUCUAUCUAUCAUCUAUCAUAUCAUCUGUUCUAUCUAUCUAUCUAUUUAUCGUCUGUUCUAUCUAUCUAUCUAUCGUCUCUAUCUAUCUAUCUAUUUAUCGUCUGUUCAUAUCUAUCUAUCUAUUUAUCGUCUAUUCAUAUCUAUCUAUCUAUCUAUCUAUCGUCUGUUCAUAUCUAUCUAUCUAUCUAUCUAUCGUCUGUUCAUAUCUAUCUAUCUAUCUAUUUAUCUAUCUAUCGUCUGUUCAUAUCUAUCGUCUGUUCAUAUCUAUCUAUCUAUCUAUCUAUCUAUCUAUCUAUCUAUCUAUCUUCAGGAUGUUCAUAUCUAUCUAUCUAUCUAUCUAUCUAUCUAUCUAUCUAUCUAUCUAUCUAUCUAUCUUCAGGAUGUUCAUAUCUAUCUAUCUAUCUAUCUAUCUAUCUAUCUAUCUAUAUAUAUAUAUAUAUAUAUAUAUAUAUAUAUCCGUAUCCUUUUUGCUAUUUUUUCGUGCUGUUCUUAUUCUUUCCUCUAUUGUUCUCUGCAUCUUUCUUCUUUUUUUUUCCUGAUAACUUUUCUUUCUAUAUAUUCCUCAUUUCUUCGUACGUCUCAUUCACUCCAUAUUUCGUUUUUAUUUUUUUUUAUCUCUCUCUUCAUUUUCUUUCCUUUUCUUUCUACAUUUCUUUUAUUCUACUUCAAGACCUUCUUUCUUUCUAUUCUUUUUCCUUUCUUUGUGUCAUUAUUAUUUGGCCACGCUCAUUUUCCGUCUCCUUAUGCUUUUCUUUAUUUCUUUACCCUUUCUACUUCACGUAUCUUGUGGUCAUAUGUCAGUCUCUCUCUCUCUCUCUCUCCAUAUUUCUCUCUCUCUCUCACACACACACACACACAGUUUUUCUCUCACAAAUUGAUACAUUCUCUUCCUUUUAUUUACUUACCAAUAUAG